GAUGAAUAUAACACUACUGUGGAUGGGCCUCUACAACUUGGAGAAUGCCCUCCUCUUUCAGUUGCUAUCCAUUUCGAGAACGCAUCACAUGUGCAACACUUUAUUCGUAUGCGUGAACGUGGAUACACGGAGUAUGAAAGCUGUCAAAUUGCCUUGGAGCUUGCGAUAGAAAAGAGUGGUAGCUUUUUACUGAUGGUUCUCAUAGAAAUCAUAAGAUUUGUUGGGGAAAGUGUCUCCAUGGAGAAAUCCAUUAUUCUCGAUGUUCUACCACUGAUCACGAACAAAUGCGAUUCAAUGUUAAUAGACGAUGUUUGUUUCUUGUGGAAGCCUUUAUCUUAUGCGCUAUUACAUCCUGACCAGGAAAAUUCGGCGUUCGUUGUCAGGAGUAAACUCAAAAUACACUCAGAAUGGCCCAUGAUACUCCAAAGACGUCCCUGCGGAAUAGAAGAGAUUCUGUUUGCUGUUGCUAUUAGCAUGGACUCAAUAGAAAGUUUCCAGCUUUUUUUAGACUAUUUGCAGGGGUUCGAAGGCCAUAAUGAGUACCAUCUCCUUCCAAUCCUGGCGGCUUUUGCACAAUGUGAUAAGGAAGCAAAACUUCUCUUCCUUAUAGAGCGAGCGGGGACUUUGGGUCUCACUGAAACAAGUAUGUUCCAGGACAUCAUGUGGGAAGUACUUGAGAGACGAGCCGAGGUUGUUCUGAAACUACUUCUCGGCCCUGGUAUGCAUCCCGAUCUCCCUUAUUGCGACUUAUGGUAUUGUAUAACAGGCAGUACAAAAAGUCCUCUUCAGCAAGCAGUGUAUAAGAGAUGGAGAGCUGUUAUACCAUUGUUGCUGAAAAGAGGGACAAAUGUGAACUAUCUUGAUGUAAGUGAUAUAAGUAUCACACCAUUCACUUGUUUUGGCCCCUUGGGAAUUCUCAGGAGGGGCAUCAAGGAUCCUGAUAUACCACCUGGUUCCGAUGACGAUAGUAGCGGGAACGAUCGCUUGAUCGAAGAGCUUCUUGUAUCUGAAGGGGCUACGAUAUAUGAAUACGAGCAGAAUGUAUCUUCUGAUGGGUCUACCGACGGGCGUGUAUCCGAAGGUUUUGAAAUCGAGUUUGAUGAAGAGUUAACAGACUUUGCUAAAAUCAUGGUUGACAAUGAGUGCGAGGAUUUAAGGGACGGAUAAUUCGUGUCUGAAAAUGAAUCAUGAUAAGGCGGGCACUUGCUCACCUUCCACCUCAGAGAUAUAUGGGAAAGAGACCAGCCCUUCAUCGACAACGUUUAAGCUGCCGCAAAUAUCGGUCAUAGUUACCGUUUUCAAGUCUAAGGCUACUGUAAGAAACAUGUAGCAUUAUGGUGGGAGUGGGAACGCAUCCAUAUGAUUCGAUCAAAAGAAUUCUACCGUUUUGACAUCUAGGACACAUAACGGUUGGCUCAGGCCGACUUUGAGGCUAGAAAUCACCCAACCUACUGAAUAACUAUUUACUCUCGAACUUUACUUGGUUACUGUAUAAAGCUGCGGAUUCAAGGAUUCUCGCCGGUCAACUGAGGAGCAUAUCAAGGGCCCGAGCUCAGGCCUAUUCCAACAAUCGACCCAGAGGAUUCGAGGCGCAGGAUUGAUGGGCUAUAUAUCAGGCGGCCAGAUUGUUUCAAUGUUGGGGAAAUUUCA